GCUUCUCAGGGACCAUACGUUACAUCUCAAAACCAAAGAAGAAAGGGUGCGCAGACUAAUAUCCUGCGCCGCUCUUCCUCUCCCAACCCCCAACGCCUCCAAAUCCUCACAUACCCUGCCACUCUCGUAUCUCCUCUCUUUCUCUCAACAUUCCUCAUCUUCCCAAAAUGCCUUUGAAUCACGAUGGUCUCAAAAACUAAAACAAAAAUCAUCAUCACCGUCCAAACAAAACCAAAGAUGAUAAUGAAAUCCAACACUGCCGAGGCGGGCCCCUCUUCCCUCCCAUCUCCAUCCCUACCUUCUGCCGCUGCCAUCCCCGACCCGCCGCAGCCGCAAUCACUCUCCGCCGCAUCAUCAUCAUCCGCCAUCACCUCCGAAGAACCUGCUUCCACCUCAUCGUGCCGUGAAGGCGGCAGCGGCGGUGGUGGCAUCAGCAUCAGCAGCAGCAGCGGACAAGAAUCCAUCUCCGUCGACCGCCGCAACGAUCACUCGGCCGUUUGCCGCUGGACCGUCUUCCACUUCCCCAAGGUCAAGGCCCGUGCACUCUGGAGCCGCUACUUUGAUGUGGGCGGCUACGACUGUCGGCUUCUCGUCUACCCUAAAGGCGACUCCCAAGCCCUACCCGGCUAUUUCUCAAUCUACCUCCAAAUCAUGGACCCACGGACGGCCUCGUCCUCCUCAUCUUCAUCCAAAUGGGACUGCUUUGCCAGCUAUCGCCUCUCAAUCCUCAACCACCUUGAUGACUCCAAAUCCAUUCACCGUGAUUCCUGGCAUCGCUUCUCUGCCAAAAAGAAGUCCCACGGCUGGUGUGACUUCACCCCUUCCUCAACCAUCCUCGAUUCCAAGUCUGGUUUCCUCCUCAACGACUCCUCCCUUGUUAUCGCUGCUGACAUCCUUGUCCUCAAUGAAUCUGUUUCCUUCUCCCGCGACAAUGAGCUGCAGUCAUCAUCUUCAUCUCUUUCCUUGGGGCCCGCCCCUGACGUCUUGACAGGGAAAUUCACUUGGAAGGUCCAUAAUUUCAGUCUUUUCAAGGAGAUGAUCAAGACCCAGAAAAUAAUGAGCCCGGUCUUCCCCGCUGGUGAAUGCAAUCUACGCAUCAGUGUCUACCAGAGCUCAGUCAGCGGCAUCGAUUAUCUUUCCAUGUGCUUGGAGAGCAAGGACACCGAUAAGUCGUCGUCUGUAGUGCCCGACCGCAGCUGCUGGUGUCUCUUUCGAAUGUCUGUCUUGAAUCAGCAGCAUGGCCUCAACCAUAUGCACCGGGACUCGUAUGGGCGGUUCGCGGCUGACAACAAGAGUGGGGACAACACCAGUCUUGGGUGGAAUGAUUACAUGAAGAUGUCAGAUUUCAUGGGCCAGGAUGCAGGUUUUCUCGUGGACGAUACUGCUGUGUUCAGUGCUUCGUUCCAUGUUAUCAAGGAGUCGAAUAGCUUCUCAAAGAAUGCAGGGUUGGUUGGUGGGCGUGCUGGUGGUGGGCCGAGGAAGUCGGAUGGGCACCUAGGGAAGUUCACUUGGCGUAUUGAGAAUUUCACGAGGUUGAAGGAUCUUCUCAAGAAGAGGAAAAUUACAGGUCUUUGCGUGAAGAGCCGGAGGUUUCAAAUUGGUAAUCGGGACUGCCGCCUGAUUGUCUAUCCUAGAGGGCAGUCUCAACCACCAUGCCAUCUUUCGGUGUUUCUUGAAGUUACUGAUUCCCGUAAUACAACCAGCGAUUGGAGUUGUUUUGUGAGUCAUCGGUUGUCAGUGGUGAAUCAGAAGAUGGAGGAGAAAUCUGUUACGAAAGAGUCACAGAAUCGCUACUCCAAGGCUGCUAAAGACUGGGGAUGGCGGGAGUUUGUGACACUUACUAGUCUCUUUGAUCAGGACUCUGGGUUCCUCGUACAGGAUACUGUUGUGUUCUCAGCGGAGGUUCUUAUCUUGAAGGAGACAUCCAUCAUGCAAGAUUUUUCUGAUCAGGAGCUGGAUUCUUCGAGCAAUGGGGCUUCUCAAAUUGAUGGUGUUGCCAAAAGAGGUUCAUUUACUUGGAAGGUGGAGAACUUUUUGUCGUUCAAGGAAAUAAUGGAAACACGGAAGAUCUUUAGUAAAUUUUUUCAAGCAGGUGGAUGUGAGCUGCGGAUAGGUGUAUAUGAAUCAUUUGACACCAUAUGUAUUUACUUGGAAAGUGAUCAAUCGGUUGGAAGUGAUCCCGAUAAGAAUUAUUGGGUCAGAUACAGGAUGGCUGUAGUGAACCAGAAGAAUCCUGGAAAAACCGUGUGGAAGGAGUCAUCUAUCUGUACGAAGACGUGGAACAAUUCUGUUCUCCAAUUCAUGAAGGUGUCCGAUAUGCUUGAGGCAGAUGCAGGAUUUCUUGUACGUGACACGGUUGUAUUCGUUUGCGAAGUUAUUGAUUGCUGCCCAUGGUUUGAGUUUUCAGACCUUGAGGUUUUGGCCUCAGAGGACGAUCAGGAUGUGUUAUCAACUGACCCAGACGAGCUUAUUGAUUCUGAUGACAGUGAGGGUAUAAGUGGAGAUGAAGAAGAUAUCUUUAGAAAUCUUCUUGCUCGGGCAGGGUUUCACCUUACAUAUGGAGAUAACCCUUCACAGCCACAGGUCACUUUGAGGGAAAAGCUUCUUAUGGAUGCUGGUGCAAUAGCUGGCUUCCUAACUGGGCUUCGUCUUUAUCUUGAUGACCCUGCUAAAGUGAAGCGCUUGCUUCUUCCAACCAAGCUAUCUGGAGUUACAGGUGGGAAAAAAGAGGUCACAAGAAGUGAUACUACCUCCCCGAGUCUAAUGAAUUUGUUGAUGGGGGUUAAAGUGUUGCAGCAGGCAAUCAUUGAUUUGCUCUUAGAUAUAAUGGUUGAAUGUUGCCAACCUUCAGAAGGAAGAACUUGUGAUGAUUCUUCUAAUAUGAGCACAAAACCUUUUCCUGAUGUUAAUGGAGCUGUUAGUCCAUCAGACUCUAGCAGGCAAAACGGAGCAAUAGAUUCUGUGCAAUGUCCCAUAAAUCAGAGACUGGAUUCUGGAGUGGACGAAAGUAUCAAUGCAUACGCUGUACAAAGCUCAGAUCUGAAUCGUACAGAGAUAGCCGAAAAGGCUGUUCCUGGACAGCCUAUUUCUCCCCCAGAAACAUCUGCUGGGGAUCUUUCUGCAGAUGAUAGUUUCAUUCGAGCUCCCAAGACCAAGUGGCCAGAGCAAUCUGAGGAGCUAUUGGGAUUGAUUGUGAAUUCACUGAGAGCCCUAGAUGGUGCUGUUCCGCAAGGAUGUCCAGAGCCAAGACGAAAGCCUCAGUCGGCACAAAAGAUUGCUCUUGUACUGGAUAAAGCUCCAAAGCAUCUUCAGCCAGACCUAGUUGCUUUAGUACCAAAAUUGGUUGAUCAUUCGGAACAUCCACUUGCUGCUUGUGCUCUUCUUGAUCGUCUUCAGAAGCCAGACACAGAAUCUGCACUACGUCUACCUGUUCUCGGUGCACUUAGUCAGCUGGAGUUUGGGAGUGAAGUGUGGGAACGUGUCUUGUUUCAAGCUUUCAAACUUCUGACAGAUUCAAACGAUGAGCCACUUGCAGCAGCUAUGGGUUUUGUUUUCAAAGCAGCAUGCCAGUGCCAGCAUCUUCCUCAAGCAGUCAGUGCAGUCCGUGCUAGGCUGAAAAGUUUGGGUGCACAAGUGGCAGCUUGUGUGCUCGAUGUUCUGAGUAAAACUGUGAAUACUUGGGCUGAAGUUGCUGAAGCUCUUUUAAGAGAUGUUGAUUCUGAUUGUGGUCUUGGUGACAAUUGUGUAACGUCUUGUGCCCCCUUUUUGUAUAGUGAACAUGGACUUGGUGCUGAAAGGCUGAAUCUGGGCGAAGAGCAGUUCACAUCUGCAGCUCGCCAUAUGUCAGAUGUUUAUAUCCUGUUAGAGAUGAUAUCUAUACCUUCCCUUGCUGUUGAAGCAUCUCAAGUUUUUGAGAGAGCUGUUUCUAGAGGGAUUUUUGGGAUUCAAACAGUGGCCAUGGUCUUGGAAAGACGUCGUUCUCAGAGGUGGAAGAUUAUUUCGAGACCUGUUGCUGAUACAUCUCAGGAUAAAGAUAUACUUGUGGGUGAAAAAACAGAUGAGUCAUUGGCUGUCCAAGAAGAUGAUUUUAUUCCAGUUCUUGGUCUGGCUGAAGCACUGGCCCUCUCUAGGGACUACCGAGUGCAGGAGUUCGUGAGGAUGCUGUAUGCUAUAAUGUUCAAAAUGUAUCUUGAUGAUGGUUAUCGUGGAAGGAUGUUGAAAGGACUUGUUGACCGUGCCACCAGUUCCACCGAUAAUUGUCGUGAAGUAGAUUUAGAUUUGGAUGUUUUGGUAUUCCUAGUCCAUGAGGAAGAAGGGAUCACAAGACCAGUUCUGAGCAUGUUGCGGGAGGUUGCUGAACUUGCCAAUGUUGACCGUGCUGCGCUUUGGCAUCAGUUAUGUGCUAGUGAAGAUGAAAAUAUUCGUGCUCGCGAGGAAAGACAGAAUGAACUUUCGAAUAUUGCUAGAGAAAAAGGUCUUUUGUCUCAAAGGCUAGAAGAAUCAGAGGCAACCAUUAACCGUCUGAAGGCUGAGAUGAGGGCUGAGAUGGACCGCUUUGCUCGGGAAAAGAAGGAGCUCUCUGAACAGUUGCAUGAAGUUGAGAAUCAGCUUGAAUGGCUUCGAUCAGAACGAGAUGACGAAAUCGCAAAGCUCUCUGCUGACAAAAAAGUCCUUCAGGACUGUCUUCAUGAUGCAGAGACACAGCUUUCACAGUUAAAGUCUCGGAAACGCGAUGAACUGAAGAGAGUUGUGAAGGAGAAAAAUGCCCUUGCUGAAAGACUGAAGAACGCAGAAGCUGCACGGAAAAGAUUUGAUGAAGAGUUGAAACGCUAUGCCACAGAGACAAUGACUCGGGAGGAAGUCCGGCAAUCACUCGAGGAUGAAGUCCGGCGAUUGACAGAAACUGUUGGACAAACUGAAGGAGAAAAACGGGAGAAGGAAGAGCAGGUUGCUCGAUGUGAAGCAUACAUUGAUGGAAUGGAGGUGAAAUUGCAGGCCUGCCAGCAAUACAUCCAUACUCUCGAAGGUUCUCUUCAAGAGGAAAUGUCUCGCCAUGCUCCACUUUAUGGUGCUGGGUUGGAAUCGUUGUCGAUGAAGGAGCUGGAGACUCUGUCAUGCAUUCACGAGGAAGGGCUCAGACAGAUUCAUGCACUCCAACAACAACGCAAAGGAAGUGCCAAUUCUCUUGUGAGUGGCCAUACUCUCCCCCAUUCCCAUGGCAUGUACCCUACAGCAACCCCCAUUGCUGUUGGGCUGCCACCACCCAUCCCUAACGGCAUUGGGAUCCACAGCAAUGGGCAUAUGAAUGGUGCAGUGGGGCCUUGGUUCAAGCCUACCUGAAACAGAACUGAGAGGGUUCUGUAAUCCUUUGUAAGCGUUGAUGCCAUUCUCUCAUUUGUCUGGCCCUUGUUUUACCAAUAGCUGAGUAAUUCAUAUGAUGGUUUUCUUGGUUACUCCCCCCUUUUUCUGAGUCAUCUUGGCAUUUGUACUGGUAGAACCGUAGGAUUACCGCCGAUUUAAUGAAUGGUGUCAAAUAAAUAAGAGAAAGGAAAUACAUGAGGUUAUAAUUGUAAUAACCAAACACGGCAAGUGGAGCUAACAGUUGCAAAUGCCAUGGAGAAAGCUAUGCAAAUGGUGGGAUUUUGUUUUUCAUAGUUCUAAAUCGUUUUUACUGUUGCAAA